AUGUCGCAUAUUGACCAGUUAACUUUUAUGAUUCGAUACGUAAAAGACCGUAUUCCCGUUGAAAGGUUUUUGGAAUUUAUACCUAUCAAAGAGCAUAAAUCUGAAUAUUUAGCAAAAACUGUCUUGAAAUUUUUAGAGGAUCACGAUAUUCCAAUCAAAGAUUGUAGAGGACAAAGCUACGACAAUGCUUCAAAUAUGUCGGGAAAGUAUGCUGGACUGCAAGCGCAAAUCAAGGACAAAUGUGAAUUUGCUACCUAUGUACCAUGUGCCGGACAUUCGUUAAACUUGGUAGGUUUUCAUGCCGCUGGAUGCGUACAAGAGGCAACAAAUUUCUUUCAAAUGGUUCAGCAAUUAUACAACUUUUUUUCGGGUUCUAAUCACCGAUGGAAUACAUUGACAGAAUAUUUAGGUUCAAAAAAAGUUCUUAAAAGCCUUUCUGAAACCAGAUGGUCUGCGCGAGCUGAUGCAAUAAGCGCCUUGCAUCAAGGCCAUAAACAAAUUAUAGAAGCCUUGACGUCGAUCGCUGAGGAUACAGAGCAGAAACCAGAAACUAGGCACGAAGCCCUUAGUUUGUCCAGAAAAAUGGAAAAACUGGAAUUUAUUAUAAUGACAGAAAUUUGGAGCACCAUAUUGGAACGAAUAGACAAAACAAAUAAAUAUCUUCAGAAAGAAACAAUGACAAUGGACGUUGCAACAAAUUUGUUCAUUUCACUUGCUGAUUUUAUUAUCAAUCUAAGAGAUAAAUUUGAUUGCUUCGAAUCGUCUGCCAAAGAGAAAUAUCCGGAGAUUGACUACAAGGACCUAUCUCAGAGAACAAGAGGUAGAAGCUCACGUCUGACAUUUUAUGACGGCUCUGCGCCGUCAAUCCAAUUAAAUGGGAAAGAGAAAUUCAGAGUAGAAACUUUUCUUCCCAUAAUUGACACCCUGAGCCUGCACUUGAAACAGAGAUUAAAUUGUUAUAAAGAAAUAAGUCAUAGGUUUAGUUUUUUAUCUCAUUUGAAAACUUUGAACUCCGAGGAGUUGAGACAAAACUGCAAAGAAUUUGCAAAAAUCUAUUAUGAAGACGUUAACGAGACAGAAUUAGAAAUAGAGUGUCUGCAUUUAAAAGAAUACUUGAAAAGUGUCCAGACCAAUGAAGAUGAAGAAACUAAUAUUUCGGAAAUAUAUAAUUUGUUGAAAGAAGACAACAUCGAGGACAUGUUUCCAAAUGUGGAAAUUGCAUUAAGAAUUUUUUUAAGCAUGAUGGUUUCUAACAGCGGUGGCGAACGAUCCUUCUCAAAAUUGAAAAGAAUAAAAAACGAAUUAAGAAAUACAAUUCUUCAACAAAGAUUAACCAGCUUGUCGCUGAUGUCCAUUGAAAGUGACGUGUUAAAAGAGAUAGACUUUGAAGAAAUAAUUAAUGAUUUUGCAUGUCUAAAAUCUAGAAAGAUAUGUCUUUAA